UCCUAUAAAUUCUUGUUUCCAGCAACCAGAUUGCAGAACGUUUUUCACUAUGAAUGUAAUUUAUUUGACUCUUUUCAUUUGGUUCUGCUUUUUUUGCGGAACAGCCAGUUCCUUGAGUUGUUUGAGUAAUGCUUGUGAGUUGGAAGAAGUGAAAGCUAAGUGCCCACCAGUCCCAUCGAAAUGUCCUAGAGGAUAUGCUCUGAAGCCUGGUGGCCUCUGCUUAUGUUGCAAAUUUUGCAAAAAAAUAUUAUAUGAAGGUGGCAACUGUGCAUCUGAGAAUCCGAUAGCCGGGACGUCUUCUGACAAAGUAGUUUGUGCCGACGGUUUGAUAUGCAAGAAUAGGAUCUGCCAAAAACCUUGUUGAAAUGAGAAUUCUUUCCUUAUAAAAUUGAUGAAUUUCAAUAAAUACAGGCAUAUUUAUAUGCAUACUUACAAAAUA